ACUAUAUCCAGCCAUGUGUUUGCUGUCGUGCAGUUGCAUAGAGCACGUCGAAGGAGCAGUAUCGCAGUGUGAGUGUGGGAGGCAGCCAGAGUUGGAAGGCAGGUAGUUGUUUUAGUGGAUUCCAUCAGGAAGGGCUGUGCACACAGUAUUCCGACAAUACGGAUCAGCAGCAGAAUUUGAUUGACUUCCAAGAAAGCGAUAUGUCUGACGAAAGUGGAAUUCUGGUAGCAGAAGAACGUUCUACAGCCCUGGACGUAUCCAUGGUCUCACUGUGCACACCCGAGGUUUUAGCUGGUAGGGAGGAGAAAGGCCCUGACACUCUGGCUGAGGUCUGCCUGGUUUUGGAUCUUGAGCCCACAUCCUGGGAAAACGAAGAGGUGGAUGGAACGUGGGAGAAGGAGUACCACUCCUGUACGUUCGGCCCAGAAGACAGGUGGCCUAUUUGACACCGGCCUGUUCGAUACAUUGACGGACAUCCCUGAUGAUGACCAGAAGGUGACAAUGGAUGUGAGCAAUGACGGCAUGGUUGGCCCAGCCAGCUGUCUAAAUCAUGACCUGCUGCAGAUGGGGGAGGAUGAGGACUUCUUUGAAUUGUUUUCAGAUCUCGACGAGGUUCUUGAGCAGUCAGACGUGUGCGAUGGAACACAACCAGAGAAAGGCAGUGACAGCAAGGCAAUCGAAGUAGGCAAUGCACAGAUGAACAAACAAGUGGCAGCAGCUGGCCUUCCCAGUGAUAAUAUGACAACUGACAGCAAUGAAGAGGGCGCCACAGGUAUUUCUUGCUUUGUUGCUGAAGAUGGCUUUCGUGCCAUGUUUGAAGUGGUCCGCAUCAGCAUGGACGAUGACGAAAAAAUGGUUGGUAUCUCAGGAGGCAGGAAGAGGAAGUGUGUCAGUUCUCCCGCAAAGGAAGAAGACCGUUACAUGGCGCGGCGGAUGAAGAACAACGAGGCGUCAAAGAUCUCACGCCAGAAGAGGAAAAUGAGAUGCACGGAUAUAGAGCAGAGAGCCAUGACGCUGCAGGAAGACAACGACAAGUUGGAGAAGCUGGUGGAGAAGCUGGAGGCUGAGGUGAAGACACUGCGAGCCGUCAUUGUACAGCGACUGGCAGGAGGUCAUGUACAUUGAAUUACCAAAUUCAGCAAAUUUAAUUCGCUUUUUAAUCAAUUUUAAUUAUUUUUUUCCCUAGCGCACAAUGUUACUUGCACUUUCAUAUUAAUAAUUAAUAAUUAAUGUUACUUGCGCUUUCUUAUUAAUAUUGUACAGAAACAUUUGUACAUUUCCUUAUUUUAUGUGCCAUUUUUUGUAAAAUAUUUUUAACACAUAUGUAGGUAAUAAUUAUCAUUUAUAAAAAUUAGAAUGGUAGAAGUCCACCAACACUAUACAAUAUGACAUAUAUUUAGAAUAUGAUAAGUGUGACAUCCUACAUAUUUAUCAUAAAAAAUUUAUUUGUUCCGAUCAGUAAUAUAUGCAACGUUUACUGUGUGGUGGCUUUAUCUAUGUGAGACUGGAUAACGAAGUUAGAUUAUUGCUCUGCGGUGUUUGAUUGCUGUGUGAUCUGGCAAGAAUAACAAUAUAAGAGCAUUAGAGCAGGGCCAAUUUUCAUCUAGUAAGAUGCAAUUGGAAAAAUUACAGUAUAGUUGAAAUAAGUGGAGAGUUGUGUGAAUCUAUUUAAAGUUAUUGAGUUUAUUAAUAGUAACAUCGAUUGGUUUAUUGAGCUUGCGAACUCAGGACCAGUCAUUUCAAGUGAGUCCUUUUUUAUAAGAGUAUGUAAUUACUCACAUAGAUUUAUGUUGUGUAGUCUGUCUUAUCGACUUGUUUGUACCCAGAAUGUAUUAUAUUGUAAUUUAAGAAUUGAAUAUGGAUACUAAAAUUACUGCAACAGAUUCUGAUGCAGCAUAUUUUAUUUAAAUGUAUGUAUAUAUAUAUAUAUAUAUAUUAUGUAGAUAAUCAGUCGAUAAUAGAUUAUUGUGGGUUGUUGUUAUAUACCUCAGUAAUACCUCAAUAAUAUCUGCCUUGUGUAUUCAUUAUGUAUUGUCAGCGAUUAUGUAUAUACAAAUUUUAAAUAAAGCAAUCAUGUCAAUUUA